AUGAAGCCCGCUCUACUACUUUCGGUCCUGGUGAUAGGCAGCUGGGCGACCUGGACCGACUUGGUCUGGGACGACAUUCGGGCUGCGACCAGCUGCGUGGCCUGCGAGUCUCUCCUCCGAUCCCUCCAGAAGAUCGCUCGUCAAGGGCCUUCAACCCUCGAAGCCGUUGUCACCGAAGUAUGCAUUCGAAGCAAGCUUUUCGACGCCGACUUUUGCACCGGUCUAGCGGCCUCGCAAAUCCCCAGCGCACACUAUGUGCUCACUCAAAUGCAGAUCCCAUCAUUCACAGCGCAGACCUUUUGCGCCGGCGUGUUGGAUCUCUGUCCUCCGCCUCCUCCCCGACCAUUCAACCUAACCCUACCUCCUGUUCCUUCUCCCCCUACUACUUCCACCACCACAACCACAACCACCACCAAUACCCUCCGCAUCGCCCACCUCACCGACACCCACGUUGACCUCCUCUACACCCCCGGAUCCAGCACCACCUGCCGCAAACCCAUCUGCUGCCGACCCUACACCCCACACGAUGCCCCCGGCAACACCACCAAGCCCUGCCCAACCUGGGGCCACCCGCGCUGCGACCCUCCGCUCCGACUCCUCGAAAGCAUGCUCUCCGCCGUCCAAGCCCUACAACCCCAAUUCGUGCUGUACACCGGCGACGUCGUCCCCCACGACGUCUGGAGCGAAACCCAACCCUCCGUCCUCCACAGUUUCAACACCACCUACUCAACCCUCCGCACCACCUUCAACUGUCCCAUCUACCCAGCCAUCGGCAACCACGACACCAACCCCGUCAGCAUCUUUCCCGUCACCGAUACCAUCCCCGCCCAUCUCAACCCUCAAUGGGCCUACGACGCUCUAGCAACUCACUGGAGAACUCUCCUCCCUAACACCACCACCACCCAAUUCCAUCACGGCGCAUACGCCACAACCCUCACCCUCCCCACCACCACCACCCCCCUAAAAAUAAUCUCCUACAACAGCAACCUCUACUACCGCUUCAACAUCCUAACCUACACAACACCCAUGUCCCCAGACCCUAUGAACCAAUUUUCUUGGCUCAUUACUGAGCUCACCUCCGCGGAACGUCUCGCUCAAAAGGUAUACCUACUCACGCACAUCCCUUCAACAAGGAAAGAUACUCUCCCCGAGUAUGCAUAUUACCUGGCGAUCAUCUUCCGACGGUUUCAGGAUACUAUUGUGGGGGUGUUUUGCGGACAUGGACAUUUGGAUACGUUUGGGGUGGUUUAUGGGAAUAGAACUGGGACUGGGGGGAUGAAGAAGGAAGUGGGCGAGGUGAUGGAGUUAGAAGCACCCGGGAUUACGCCUAUGACUGGGCCCCCUGCAUUUAGGAUGUUGAUGGUGGAUGGCGAUGAUUGGGGAGUGCUGGAUUUGGAGGUUUGGGUUGCGGAUAUCUCAUCCUCAUCCUCGUCGUAUUCUUCUUCCUUGAUUGAUACCCCCGAGGAAGGUAUAGAUGAAAGUGGUGAAUAUGCUGAACCCAAAUGGAGAAAAUACUACUCCGCUCAAGAAGCCUACGGACGAUAUAUAUCCCAAAGUGCAGAGACAAGGGGUAUAGGAGCUACCUUUUGGGCCAAGUUGACUGAUAUUAUGGAGUGGAAUCGGAUGGUCUUUAUGGAGUAUUGGGCGAGACGGACGCGGGGUUGGUUUGUUACGGUUUGUGUGGGGAGGUGUGCUGAGAGGGAGAUUUGUCGGUUGAGGGGGGGGUGUGGAUCGAAGGUGUUUUCUUUGUCUUUGGAUGGUGGUAGGGAUGAGGAUGAUGAGAAUGAGAAUGUUGGUAAUAAGGGGGGUGAUAAUGGUGAUGGUGGGGAUGAUGAUGUUGGUUAUAAUGGGGGUGAUGAUGGUGAUGGUGAUGGUGGUAGUGAGGGUGAGUAUGAGAAUGAUGGAGACUGGAAUUGGCACGAUGAAGAGGGACUAGGUGCGCUGGGCCAAUGGUUGAGAAAAGUCCAAGCCAAAUACCCGGUCGAUCAGUAG